AUGGCUGUUAGUGAUGCACUUGACUUUCCACCUGAACUUUGUAGUAAACCCUCAGCUCUUAUAGGUUUAUGUGGUCUGGAUAUACAAAGUAAUCCUCUUCAUAAAAACAUUUGGGAUGUGUUUAGAACAAGUCACGAACGAUUUUCAGUUAAUUUUAAAUUAUUUAGUACAUCUCACUGCUUUCCACCUGUUAAACCAAAGAGAUCCACUUAUGAUUGGUAUAUUCCUAAGGGAUUACUCAAAAGGAAUUGGAUGAAAAAACAUUUGCUGGAAAUUCCAUCUGUCAUUGCAUUAAUGUUUGAUCUCGAUUGGGAUGAUGCAAAUGUAGAACAGUUGAAAUUAGAUUGCGUUUCUCAACUUCAAAGUUUAAGAGCAUCUCUUGGCAGUCAUGCUACAAAAAUAGUAGUUAUUCUGCUACAAAAAACCGCUCCUCUUCCUGACGAUACGAAAGCAUCAGAAAGAGCCAAAUCGCUAUGUGCUACUUGUGACAUAGAGCCUCAUCAGUUAUAUUUGUUACCCCAUGGGGAUCACUUACAAGGGUAUAUUUCAAGGUUGGAGAGUGUACUUUGCGACCUUGCUCAAAGUUAUUAUCAUGAAGAAAUCAAAUUAAUAAAGCAGCAUAAAGACCAGUUAAACAAAACAAAUCAACAAUAUCUUUUUGUUAGGCAUCAAUUUAAAUUAGGAUUUCUUUCAGAGUUGAAACAAGAUAAUCACAAUGCUAAAAAGUAUUACGAUAAGGCUUACACAUUUAUUAAAGAGACUAGGUUAUCAGAGAGCAAUAUAGUAGAAGUAAAGCUCAUUGCCGGAUUUAUUACUUACAAAUUGUGUUAUUUAAUGUUUAAGUUAAACGAACCACGUGAUGCUAUACGAAAUUUUAAAUUGCAUAUUGAAUUUUACAAAGACAAAAAAGGAUCGAAAGAAUUAUAUUUUGAACAUUUAAAUUGGCUUUCGAAACAAUAUUCAGCAUUCGGAGAUAUUUUCAAUGAAGCUGUUAAAGAUGGACUCACUGCGGUUCAAACUCAGCAUCCCGGAUUUUAUUUUGAAUUAGCAGCUCAAAAUGCGAUUGAAAGAAAAAAAUAUUGUUUAGAAUUGUGCAAAGAUGUAACUACAUAUCCACAAUCUGAUCCGUUAAUGGGAUUAAAUUCGUUAGAAUUUUAUGGUCAACGACCUUGGAGGCCUGGAAAAUUAAGUGCAGAACCAAUAAACACUGCUUUGGAAUUGGAAGGCAUAACUGCUCUUAAAUAUAGGGAAAAUUUAGUUAAUCAUUCGACCAUAAUUAUACACUUAUUGGGAAAAGCAAUUUGUCAAUUUAAAACUUAUAAAUGUCCAAGGAUGCGUCUUCAAUUAGUCGUACAAAUGGCCGACGAGUAUUUUUCUUCAAAAGAAUACGGUCAAGCUCUCACAUUGUUCUCUCAUAUUUUAUGGGAUUACAAAGAAGAAAAAUGGUGGCUUUUGCAAUCUAAAUUGCUAACGAGAGCUUUGUCGUGUGCCUGCGUUGCUGCUAACGUACAAGACUACAUACAUUUUUCUCUCGAAGCCUUGGGUCCGUUAGCCAAAUUCGACACGGAGAGAAAAUUAAAAAUUUUUAAUAAUCUCAUGGCCGUGUUAAAUUUAAAAUGCCCGGAACCAGAGCCUGAAGUCCCGUCGCAAAUAAUUCCAGAAGCUCAAAAAUCGUGGGAAGCAUCCAGAAAAUCUAAUCCAAUCACGAUUGAAAUGAGUUCAAAGUCCUGCAUCGAAGUGAAAGCUCGAUUUUUAAAACCUAUUUUCACAGUAGACGAAGAUAUAACUGUCGAAAUAUACGUCAGGUCUCACUGUCCGGAUUUCAUCGAAUUUUCCAACAUGUCCGUGUUUAUCAACAAGUCCAACGGCGUAGCGGAAUAUUCCGUGUCCUCGGACAAACUAAAUUUAAAAUUCGAACCGGAACGCGUUAAAAAUUCAUUAUAUAAUUUCAAAUGCGAUUCAGCAGCCGACAUUGGUAAAAUGAUACAAAUCAAUUCGGUUUUGCUGACUUUGGGUUUUUUUAAAGAGCGCGAAGCCAAAUUGAAAUUUAACAUUGCAAACGGAACGACGGAAUCUUGUGCAGAAAAAACAACAGACGAAUUUCAAUAUUUCAGGUGGUUAACAUUAAGCGAUCCGACGUUUGAUAAAAUAGAAAAUUUAACCAACGCAAAAAUUGUUGCGAGCGAAUCAAAGGUCAAAGUUCAAGUCAAACAUAAUUCUCCGGCACUGUUGAGUGAAUGGUAUCCCAUAGAAUUUCACAUAACAAACGAUGAAGACGUUUCCGUUUCCGACUCCGUGUUGGAAGUCAAAUACCAUCAAAGUGGUCCUGAAGAUUUAACGAUCGAACAAUCAACUCAACUUUGUUUAGACGUUAAAAAUUGCGUUCCCCUAUCGUUCGUGAAUGUAACACUGGGAGAAAUACCUCAAAAAGAAACUAAAGUGAUCGUUGUUUACCUGCGAGGACACCGUAUCGAAGAACGAAACCUGAUAACCAAGUUGUCUUACAAUCUGAUGAAAGAUGGCAUCGCUCCCACGAAAUCAUUUGUGGAAACUCUUGUCAAAGUUCCCAUAAUUCAACCCUUUGAAGUUUCCGCCGAAAUACUUUCGAUGAAAUUUGAAAAAAUUGAAAAAUGCUUUUCCAGAAAUCCUUUCAUACUAAAUGUGACCAUUCGUAUUUUGUCACCCUGGCCCAUAAACAUUCACGAAUCUUCAAUAAAACCCUGCAACUACGUUAAAUUUUGUGACCAAGAUGUCACUUCCCAUUUGGCUGGAGCCGUUUUAAAUCAGGGAGAAGGUGGGACUGAUAUGUUUCCAUUAACGAUCGAUGAAUCCAGUGAUAAACCUUUAGCAUUGGGAAUUUACACGGUGAAAUGGUCGAGAACAAGCAGCAAAGAGAUAACGAGUAGUAGCGUCACUAUGCCAACCGUUAGAUGCGAUCCGACAGUUUUAGGGGUUGAAAUGAAUUUACCCGCUCACGGAUGGGUGAGAAAACCCAUGGAACUCGAAUAUAAUUUAUUUAAUUAUUCAAAUAAUUUAUUACAAUUAGAUUUAUUAAUGGAGUCUAGCGAUGCUUUCAUGUUUGCCGGUCAAAAACAGGUUUUAAUUCGUAUGCUUCCUGGUUCUAACAAAAAAUUAAAAUAUAAUUUAUAUCCUUUGUUUCCCGGUUUAGUAGCUUUACCGAGGUUAGUUUUUAGAAGUAUGGCUGACGAGUUUGCCGAGCAAUUAAAUACAAUGAUUGAUAGAAAUUUAUUGUCUCACGUUUACAUUAUGCCCCAGGAAAAAAUAGGUACUGAAGAAUUAACUUCCACGGAAUAG